GGAGGCCAAAGCAAACGCAAGCAGUGUGAAUACAACUCUAGGACUUAUAUGCGGGGUAAGUGAGGAAUUUGAACUGUCUACCAAGACCAUGUAGCUCACACAUUUAGCAGAGGAUAAUUGGGUUUGAUUUAACAAGGUAUUGGGGUGGUUGUAAAGCUCCUAUACAGCCCCACAUGGAGUCACCCUGCAUGCACUGAUCUAGACUGCUCGUUUCACAUAGAUUUUUGUGACCUAUUGAUCUAACUGCUUCUUUUAUUUGCAAAUUUUUGUGUUAUUCAGGAUAAUUGGGAACCCAGCAAAAGGUUGGCAUGUCAUGGAGUAAACAUGCCAUUGUACAGUGUGCUUCACUCUAAAAUGUAAUGCAUGAGCAGUGGCCAAAGAUGAUGACACUUGUCUAAUGAGGAAAUCAAUGAUACUGCACAAACUGAAGCAUAUCUUCCUGGGACCGUUGCCAUUCCCCUAUACAAUUAUUGCAUGACCUCCUUGUUUUUUUUUUUAUUGCCCUCAGUUAAUUUGGCGAGGACUGGAUUGCUGUUAUCCUUAAUAGGUCGGCGUGUCACGUUUAUCUUGAGGUCCAAUUAACGGGAAAUUUGUUUUGAUAAGUUAAAUAAGGGGAACAACAAAAUAUUCAGAGCAAUGUCUUUUUUUUUCUUUCUAUUUUUUUGCAUCACCGAAACAUUUAUUGGUCACCGCAUUGAAACUGGGAGUAUAACGCACAAAGAGAACUGCAGUGUGACCCUCCAGUCUCUGCCGUCAGACGAUGCACACAUUCUGCAACGAUCCAGUGUUACAUUCCUGUGGCUUUUUGGUUGUUUCCCAAUUAUUGAAGGGAGUUGCAGGCUUAUCAUGGGCGACACAGUGCUUUGCUCGCACCUUCACGGAGUACAGCAAUGUGGGGAAGCAAGUCGAGGACAGCCUCUCUCGAUUUCUGUCCCGGGGGCGCUAUGCUCUUCCAGGACCGGUUUCCGUGAACAUAACAGCCGAGAAAACAUCUGACACCUUACAGACAUGUCAGGAAGCAAGGAAAGGUUAUUUUUUCACUCAUCGUUUACAUUUGGGUGAUUAACUUAGUCUUGAAAAAAAACACGUCAUUUUAAUGACAUUGUGAUAAAUAAAUUUUGGGUCUUUAAAUUGUC